AUGUUCGGCUCUAGGUUGUUCGUUGCAUUUGUUGCACGCACUGCCCUUGCGCAGUCGGUGCAGAUUGGCCUUCCGGAUGCAGGCACCGUUCUGAACCCUGGAGAAGACUAUACUGUUCAGAUACAGUGUCCAGACUCGUUGACGAGCUCCCAAGAAGUAGCCCUGGUUAUUGGCAUCCAACAGUGUCAGAACGGUCAUUGUUUUCCUCCGGACGAAACCUUGGGCAAUUUGUUAUAUAGCGGAUCAUUCAAUCCUCAGUUCCAUGAGCCGAGCCUCCCUCCUUAUCAAAACUUCACUGUUCACAUUCCGGACACUAUGUCGUCGGAGUCUGCUCUCGUUGGCGUAGCACACUUUGCUCUCGUGGGGGAUAGUUUUGCUCCUUUAAUCGAUUACCACAACCAGAGCGUUUCAAUUGCAUGA